AUGCCGAAUGAAAAUCAAUUUCAAAUAGAAUAUUUUAUCAAUAAAAUCUGCUCUUGCGAACAGGUUUCGCCUGAAUUGAUCGUCAAGACGCAAUCGAUCAUAUCCGAUCCUGAGUACAUAACGACAUGCCUUGAAAGCACUUUGAAUGAUUUAUCCGAAAAUGCUCGACUGAUGUCCGAUGUUGAUCUAUUGGUUUUCUAUAUAAAACAUUGGAAAAACUAUCGGCUCAUGUGUGAUGCAUUGUAUACGAGUUGUUUAUCGUUAAAUUUACAACGUAUUCAGUAUAACUUCAGUCAGGAAGAAAAGCAAAUCGAAAAUAUCAGUGUGACUUCGCAACGUUUAUGGGAAACGAUUUUGAUCAAAUCGCUAUUCUCCCGUGUGACAAAAGCGUGUUUAAAUGCAAUCGAUGAACAUCGGAAUAAUCGAUUAAAUCUCGAUCCGAAUAUCAUCAAAGAUGUUCUCAAUAUUUAUUCUGAUGAAAAUUUAUACAUAUUAAUCAAACAAGACAAGAUCAAUCGAACGAUCACUGACAUCUACAUUGAUUGCUUCGAAAGCCAAUACCUUCAAAAUGCACAAAAAUUCUUCACCGAUCGAAAAAAUCAUUUACGAACAGAUGAAUUAAUCGAAUAUCUCAUAUCGAUAUCGAAUUAUCUUCACAAUGAAUUGACAUUUGCUAAACGUUAUCUACCAGCAGAAAGAUCGACAUAUAGCGAUUUAACUGAUAUAUUAGAGCAUUUGUUUUUCUUCGGAAAUAUUUUUCAUAAUGUCUGGAACGACUUAGAGUUACUCGUCGAACAAGAAAAUUAUUUUCAAAUUGCGAAUUUUUACAAAGCGAUCAAUCAAGUGCCGAGGAUCAAAAAUGUGGUUGUAGAAUUGAUUGAAACGGAGUUUUAUCACAGUGGUCGCAGAACUUUUCGAUCAGUGGAUAAAGAUGCCAUGGAGGUAAAUUGA